AUCAAGUUUUUAAUGUGACUUCCAUCACUACAAUAUAAAUAUGCCCGCUAUAUUUGUUUGAAUUCAUUAUAUUGUAUUGUAUUUGCAUUUGUUCAGCAUAAAAUUAUUGCAAAAUGGAACCGACUUGUUUGGCCAAAGAAAAUUCAGUGCCAUCUAUGUCCAUAAAAAAGAAUUUGUUGUCUAUUAACAAUAGUACCAUAAAAAAAAAUGCCAGAAAAGUAGUACUAGGAAAUUUGGAUAAUGUUCUACAUCAAAACCAAACUCCAUUUAAAUUCGACUCCCAGAAUAUAUCAUGCCCUAAGAGCGUUGCAAAAUUACCACUUCAGAAUCUCCAUAGACAUCUUAAUGAACGCGGAGAAGACAAUCUGAAAAUUAUACCUAGUUACUUGGGACUCUACUCUUUGGCUAAUGAAGUGUGCUCCCAGAAUGCCUAUGAAAAUAUAUUUGAUUAUAUGGACUUUUCAAAUACGAAGUGUUUGAAUAACUGCUGGAGAUCGAUUCCAGAAAUAUGGUUGGAUAAUCUAUCUGGUAAAGAUACCUUUACUGAACAAUUUUUAAACAAUCUAGACGGCUUGGUAGAACAUUUUGAAAAUGAUUACUUUAUCUCAGUUUGCAAUGUUUUGUGUGAAAACGAUGAGAGAGACGCCUGCUCCCAAGAAGAUACUGAUAACACUGGCACUGAACACUGCGAGUAUAAAUUGGAUUUACAAAUGCCAAUGCCAAAUUUAGAUGAUAUGGAUAUACUAUUUUAGAAAUGAUAAAAUAAUGCACUCUGACGUUUUGUCGACGUUUUAUCAGCUCCUUAUUAAAUUACUUUAAUUAUGUUUUAAAUUAAUAUUUUGUUGUUUUUGCUGUUCGCAGUGCACAAGUUGAAAUCGCCAACAGUAUUUCA